CUGGUCGGCAAAGACCCCUUCCGCAUCGAAGAGCACUGGCAGAAUCUCUACAACUUCGGGCACAAUGUGCGCGGCGGCGUGCUCCACAUGGCAGCGGUAAGUGGCAUCGACAUCGCCCUCUGGGACAUCAAGGGCAAGGCGCUGAAUGUACCCGUAUACGAGCUUCUCGGCGGCGCGAUGCGCGACAAGUUCUGGGCUUACGGACGCUUCGACGGACGCACUCCCGACGACGCUGUGCAAAACGCCCUCGCAUGGGUCGAGCAGGGAAUGACCGCGCUCAAAGGCGACCCGUUCGCCCACCAAGGCAUAUUCACCACCGCUGAGUCCGAACGAGACGCGCUCGCCAAGGUCCGAGCAGUGCGCGAAGCCGUCGGUGACGACGUCGAGCUUCUGAUCGAAGUACACGGCAGGCUCGCACCGCACGAGGCAAUCCGAAUGGGCAACGCGCUCGAGGAAUACCGUCCAUUCUGGUUCGAGGAGCCUGUUCCGCCCGAAAACAUCGACGCUAUGGCGAAGGUCACGGCAGGCGUCAACAUACCCAUCGCCACGGGUGAGCGCAUCUACACUAAGUGGGGCUUCCGCGAGCUGUUCGAAAAGCAGGUCAUAGACAUGGCGCAGCCCGACAUCUGCCACGCCGGCGGCAUCCUGGAAUUGAAGAAGAUUGCGGCAAUGGCAGAGACCUACUAUGUCGGCUUUUGCCCGCAUAACCCCUAUGGCCCAAUCAACACCAUGGCUGCGUUGCAUGUGGACGCCACCUGCCCCAAUUUCCUCAUCCAGGAAGGCGGGCACGGCGCUUGGUAUCAACAUGUGGUCAAGGGCGAGUUCCCCUUCCAGAAGGACGGCUACUUCAGCCUGCCGGAAGACGUGCCCGGCAUAAGCGUCGGUCACUACACCGAUAUUGCAGCUGCUACCGGCUGCACCGUGAUCAUCUGCGAAGACGGCGCGGUCGGCGGCGUUGAUGUGCGCGGCGGGGCCCCCGGCACCCGCGAAACCGACCUCCUGCGUCCCACCGCCCUUGUGAACGAGGUCCAUGCCGUGCUGCUCAGUGGCGGCAGCGCGUUCGGAUUGGCGGCAGCGACCGGUGUGGUUCAACACCUUGAGUCAAAAGGUAUCGGUGUUCAAUUCGGCGGCGCAGUCAUUCCAAUAGUCCCCGCCGCAAUCCUUUUCGACUUGGGACUUGUUCAAGGCAACGUCCGUCCCAACGCUGAAGACGGUGAAGCCGCCUGCCGGAACGCCUCCGCCGAACCGCCUGCUCAAGGAAGCGUGGGCGCAGGCACAGGCGCAACCGUAGGCAAGAUGUUCGGAAUGGAUCGUGCAACCAAGGGCGGCAUUGGUUCGUCAAGCGUAUCCCUUGGUGAAGGACUCAUUGUAGGAGCGAUUGUCGCCGUAAACGCCAUUGGCGGUGUAUAUGAAGCAAAAACCGGACGCAUCAUCGCGGGUCCCCGCACAGAGGCCGGCGACGAAAUACUCGACGCAAUGGAUGUAGCGGUCUCACCCAACGUUGGCUCUCCCCAGACUACGACUUCUUCAAACACCACCAUCGGCGUUGUCGCAACGAACGCAUCGCUGAAUAAGGAUCAGGCGAACAAGCUGGCAUCCGCAGCGCAAGACGGAGUCGCGCUCGCCGUGCGACCGGCGCAUCUCAUGGGAGACGGCGACACGAUGUUCGCCCUAGCCACGGGCAAAUGCGAUUCGGCAUUCAACAUGAACCAACUGUUGGCAGCAGCCGUUAUGUGUGUCAGCGACGCCAUCGUCCGCGCCGUCACCGAAGCCGACUCACUCGGCGGCGUGCCGGCAGUCAAGGACUUACAAAAUGUAUAG